CUGUUCUUCCCGCGUCAUUGGUUACUCUUUCUAACUUUCUGAACUCUCAGCAAGUUGGCAAUGCUUGCAUAACUAACGACGCAAAUUAUCCGCCUGCUGUAGAUUCAGACAAUGGUAGCCAAUAGACGGACUAUAUAAUGGUGAAUUUUAAAAUGAAGUUCACUUAAUGAUGGAUCUCACAGUGCAGUUACCACAGGAACUGGUGGAGAAAAUUAUAUCUUUCCUCCAUGUAAAGGAUAUUGGAAGAUUUUCAAAAGUGUCUGUUAGUUGGAGGGAAGCAGCAAACAAAGAUCCAAUAUGGUUACAUGAGUGUAUGGCAAAAGGAUGGUUAAGAUAUGGAGUCAACAAUGAAAUUAUCAAUGCAUGUUCCCUACCACGGAAGGAUACAAAUGUGUCACUUACCUCCCCUGUCUUCAGCUUGUUUAUUCCAGAAGAUACCAGAUUAUCUCCCCUAUGUAAGUGGAAGGAUAUAUUUAUACGAGUGCAGCACCUAUCAAAAAACUGGGCUAAAGGACGAUACACAGUGGGCCCAAUUCUCCGAGGUCACAAACAGAAAGUGUCAGCCAUAGCCUGCAAUGGUACCAGUGUUGUGAGUGGAAGUGAUGAUAAAAUUCUCAUUAUCUGGGACUUGGCUACAUGUACAGAAGUCAAAACUCUCCACAUGCAUUCAGAUAGUAUUACUUCACUCAUACUUAGGGGUAACACAGCCAUCACUGGGUGUGCUGACAGUGCAAUUCGUGUGAUAGAUACUCUCAGUGGACAGAUCAUCUUUACACUAAUGGGCCAUGCAGGAAGUAUCGAUCACUUGGGAAUUGUGGGUAAUAGUCACCUGAUCAGCGCUGCGACAGACAAAACAGUACGUGUGUGGUCUCUUCCUGAUCGGCAGCUGAAGUGUGUCUUCCGGGAUCACACUGAUGAAAUUGAGUGUCUGUGUUGCCAUGGUAACUUUGUUCUCACUGGGUCCUGGGAUAAAACCAUGUUUUUGUGGGACAUUAUUAAAGAAAAACAGAUCCAUAAGUUUGAAGGCCAUGAAGAAGUUGUCAGCUGUUGUCAGUUUGAUGAUAAUAUUACUGUAAGCGGGAGUGCUGAUUGUACUCUGAGAAUCUGGAGCACAGAGUCAGGGGAGUGCAAUCAUACACUGGAAGGGCACAAUGGGGAAGUGUACUGCCUGGUCUACAAUAAAGAGCUGAUAGCCUCAGGGUCACAGGACAGUACCAUUCGACUCUGGUCUCACACAGGGAAAUGUCUACAUGUACUAACAGGCCAUUUGGGUGUGGUUCGCUGUCUCCAUAUAAAUAGUCAGCGACUAGUCAGUGGAGGUGACCAGAAAAAGAUUGGCAUCUGGGACUACAGGACAGGAAAAUUAAUGAAUAUGGUACAUCGUAACCCAACACGCCUACACUUGAUGUGGGUCAGCGAAACUAAACUGGUUACUGCCUCUCCUGAACAACCCGGCACAAUCACUGUGAUGAGCUACUGGUGAUCGAAAUGAACGUGCAAACAUUUAAUUUCAUGUUUAACUUAGCAAUUGAGAAGACAUAUUCUAUAAUAGAUGAAUAACCUUCAUUUAGAUAAUGGAAAACUUAUAUUCCAGACAUAUAUAUGUACUAUUAGUUUGCGAUUCUAUAUUAUAAAAUUUGGGAAUUGAAAUGCAGUUAAUCUGAAAUUCAUUGAAAAGCAAUGUGAUAUUAGCAUUUUUAAGGUCAUCUGACCCAAAGGGUAAAGAUGGCCUAAAUUUGUCUUAAAGCCAUCAUGUUUCAUUCAUUGUCGUCCACUGUCGGCCAUCCGCCAUCAUGUGCUGUAUUCAAUUUCCACCUAUGGAUUUACCUCGAACCUGGAUUUUUUAUUUUUUUUGGCUGUCCAAAAUUCAAGAUGGCAACCAUCUUGAAAAAGACAUCUCAAACUUCUUCUCAAGAUCCAUUCAGCAUAAACCUGCCUGAAAUGAGCAUGAUGUAGUCCCGACCAAGAUUUUUUUUUUUUUUACCUCAGUUCAAAUUCCUAUGCUAGGCCAAAUUGCUAUGGCAGCCAUCUUGAAAACCACAUAUGAAACUUCUCCAGUUUCACCAAAAGUAUUUAGCUCAAACUUGCCAGGAAGGCCCUGAUACGUUUCUGAAAUUUCGGGGUUGAUUCAAAGUUAAAGAUAGUCACUAUGGCUGCCAUUUUGAAAAUCACAGUUUAAAAAACUUCUCCGGGUCCACCAAUUGGAUUUAGUUGGAACUUGCCCGGAAGGGUCCUUUGAGAGUCCUGGUCAAGUUUUCCCCAUGAAAUCCCUUCGUUGUCAGUACAUGUACCACUAUACCAAUAGUGAGUAUGUAUAUAACAACAAUACUAGGGUUUCAGAUGACUGAUAAGGCUCAUGGGCCUCUUGUUAUGCUUACAGUAUUGAGCUAAAUAAAAAUGAUUGCAGUUUUUGUAUAAAAUUUUCUACCACAUAUACCAUUGAUGUGCCAAUUUAUCAUUACAGUAAUCAGUUUAAAUUUUGAUAAAAAAAGAGUACAUUUACAGAAUCUCAAUUUAUGAAUUGACUUGAUUUGAGUUAAAAUAUUAUUGAUUGUAAAUAAUAUGAAGAAUUGAAACAUUAUUGACAUCCAAAAUCAAAAUCUUUUUUACAAUAAAACUUCAUAUUGCUAUCAAUCUUAAAACUGAUCAUCAAUGAACUGGAACACACAUGAAUGAACACCUGUCAUGUAUAUUUCUGAUAACAGUAUGUAUUUGUUUAUUUUGGUCAAAGUUCAGGUACAUGUUUUUUUCGAAUGUUGGUAUAAUAUCGUGUGAUCACAAUAUUUCUUUUAAUUUUUUUUUUUUUUUUUUUGUAAAAUGAUUUAUAGUUUGCCAUGAAAGAUUAUGAUAUAUUUUUAUGUGAUUUCAUUUGGAACAUGUGAGUCAUAGAAAUGGUUGCAUUGGAUGUUAUGCCAAAAUUGUGUUAAACUUCUGCAUUAAAUCAAUAUUUUAUAUUU